GCCUGCCACCUAGUGGACACGGGGAGGAUCGUCGAGGCAGGCUGCCCAGUGGCGGAAGGAGAAGGGGGGCCCAGAACUGUAUCUCAACCUCAGACCUGGCCAGAGGCGGGGGCUGAUCCCGGCAGCGGCCAUGUUCUCCCUGCCCUCCUGGCUCCCCGGCCUCCCCUCCCUCCAGUGGGGCUCCAGCCUCCUAGACUCUGUCCUGCAAGGCCUCAUCGGGGCCAGCGGAGUCUCCGUCCUGAACAGCCUCCUGAAGGUCUACUUCUUUGUGAACUGUGCCAACAACCCUGAGCGGCGGCUGGAAAAGCACCAGCUGCAGGCCCCGUGGGCCUCGCUGGAGACCGUGCACCUGGCAGGGCUGGCCCUGAUCCUGACCGUCGUGGGGGCCCGUGUGGCCGCCCUGGUGGUGCUUGAGUUCUCCCUCCGGGCUAUCUCCACACUGCUCUCCCUGGGCAAGGGCUCCCAGGGCACCGAGAGGCUGCGGCUGCACCUGCUGUGCCAGUACGCGCUGGGCUGCGGGCUGACCUGCGGCCUGAGCUUCCUACAGGAGGACGCCCCGCACCGCACCCUGAACCUGCUGCUGGGCCUCUGGCUGGCCAUGCUGCUUCGCACGGGCGCCAGGCGCCUCUGCCGCCACAUCUACCAGCUCUACGAGCUGCACAGCAGCCAGCAGUACUGCGGGGUCUGCCUGGGCCUGCUGGCCGGCGCUCAUGCCCUCCCCCGGCUGCUGGCCCGCGCCCUGGCCGUGGCCUUUGCCGUGGGUGACCUGGCAGCCGUGGCCCUUAUCAACCGGGACUUCCUGACCACGUCAGACGCCGUGCGUUUCUGGACGCCGCUCGUCAUCUGCUACACGCUGCUCGUCAUCUACAUGCAGGGAGCAGCGGCAGAACCCCGGCCUGCAGAGCCACGUCCAGACGGUGCUGGUGCGCAUGGGCGGCCUCUUCGUGCUGCUGCUGACCGUGGGCAGCUGGCUGGACCUCCUGGGUGUCCUUAUGUCCCUGCUGGGCGAGCUCUGGUGCCUGACGAGCGUCCGUACCCUGCUGGACCUUUGCCAGAUACAGGAGUUUCCAUCCCAGAGGCCUUCAGUGUCAGCUCCAAGGCAGCCCCCGCCCCAGCCCUCAGCACCUGGCAAGCCCCAGGGGACAGCCCCCUCCUGACCUGCCUUAGCAAGGACUUGGGAGUCUGUCUCGGGCCCACCCAGGCUCAUCUGGAGGUCUUGACCCCAGGACUGCCAGCCCUGCCCCCCACUUGGAGUUCAAGGUGGGCACUGGGGCUCUUGGGAGGAAGAAGAGGGCUCGGGGCUAGAGCUCUCAGAAGGGGGCACUUGGAGGCCACUGAGCGAACCCCUAUUUUUCUCAGGACAGAGAACGGAUGCAGCGCCCUCAAACCUGCCUUCCCGGUGGGGGGGUUGGGGGAAUGGGGGAGAAUUGCGUUCUCAGAAUGGCUUCUCCUUUACUGGCCUCCCUCGCCCUCUCCACGAACAACAAUAAAGAUGAUUUUCUCAACCUGCGUUAGAAUCAUGAACACACAGGGGCACCUGGGUGGCUCAGUCGGUUAAGCGGCCGACUUCAGCUCAGGUCACGAUCUCGCGGU